CAUCACUCGCCGCAGAACUUCAUCCCGGCGCACGGCAUCGAGUGAGCAAGCAGCUGGCUAGGAGACCCAGAGCCAUGGCGGUGAGGAAGGACAUGGCCGUGGUGGCGGCUAUGAUGGUGCUGGGGCUGGUGGCUCUGGGAAGCACAGCGAGCGCGGCCGCGGCGCCGUGCAACGCGGGGCUGCUGGCUGCGUGCGCGUCGCCGGUCAUGACGGGGUCCAAGCCGAGCGCCGCGUGCUGCUCCAACCUGCGCGCCCAGCAGGGCUGCUUCUGCCAGUUCGCCAAGAACCCCAUCUACGGCCGCUACAUCCAAAGCCCUUACACCCGCCAGACCGUCUCAACCUGCGGCAUCGCCCUGCCACACUGCUAGUGCCUCGAUCCAACAUAUACCGCUGGUCGUUUGUGUGUGUGUGCACUGUGUACGUACGUUUUACUGCUUAUUAUUACUCUCGGCAACUCUGUGCUGUCAGCUCGUGUGUAUGGAUGUGUCGUAUGAUUUGAUGCCUUCUCUAUGAGAAUAAGAAGAUGAUCUAUGGAGGGCGGUGUGGCUCUUGCUGCCGCUGCUGCCUUAGUUUUGAUAUAAUAAGAUUGAUCAUGUACCGACU